CUGAAACUUACAAUCAAUACUUAGAAUGUAAAUUGAAUUGAAAGAAUUGAAGAAAAAUGAAGUUUAGGCAUUCCCUUGUCUCUUGUUCUGCUGCGGCUGAUUGUCAAAGAAAGGAAUGAAAAAUCCUUGGGCCAGCUAAUUGACAAAGGGUGGAAUAGCUGCUGCGGCUAAUCCCUGGUGCGACUAAGUGACAAAGCGCAGAAAGAAUAGAAAGAAUGGAAUCUGCUGCUGCGGCUAAUUGAAAAGGAACAGAAAGAGUAGAUGAUCCCUCUCUGCUGCGGCUGCUGCUUGGUUGUAUGCUGCGAAUUAGGGGUGGGCAAACGUGUACUGGAACCGCGGGUCGGGCCGGGUAAGAGCAUCUCCAGCAGUCAGCUAGACACCUUGUAGCUUUGCUUGCCACCUCAGUUUUUCUAGCUAAUCCAUUUUCCAGCAAUGUGAUGGUCCAAUGGUUAGCUACAACCCUUGCCUCUUGAAUAGGCCCCACAAAUCAAUCAAUAUUGAAAUAUACAUUUUGAAUGAAUUUUAUUGUUGAUAUAAUAAAAAUAAUAUUUAGCUACAAAAAUCAAUAUUGAAACAUACAUUUUUAAUCCAACGUCCAACAUUAAGCAGACGAGGGUGAAAAUGCAUAUUAUUAAAAUUAGUACAAAAAUAUGUAUUUUGUUAAGUAACAAAAUAAGGAAUACAAAAUUUGCUCGAAAAUAUUCUAUAUGAAAAAUAUCAACUUUAACUUAAGUAUUUCAUGAAAAAAUAAACAUUUCUUAAAACUAACAAAGCAAACGCAUUAAAUAAAAUAAAUAUACUACAUUAAACAAUAUCAAUUCAAAUUUUGCUCUCCAAAACGUUGCAAAAUAUGCUUGACCAGAUCCGCUCUCAGAUUAUGAUGCACCUGUCUGUUUCGAAUGCCUGCAUCCCUAGACAUAAACAAUUGAAAAUCGGGAUCAUAUCCUUGAUGAACAUCAGAAACAUUUGUUGGAGUGAAAUCUGGGUCAUGAAAGUUUCUCGAGUAUUUGUGUCGCUCAUCUUCAACAAUCAUGUUAUGCAAUAUAACACACCCUUCCAUAAUAUCAUGGAGUUUGCACUGAUGCCAACAUCGUACUGGACCGCGAACUAUUGCAAAACGAGCUUGAAGCCCACCAAAUGCUCUCUCAACAUCUUUCCGUGCACUCUCUUGGCGUUGUUUGAAUAAAACCCUCUUAGGAUCUUUAGGAAGUGCAAUGCUUUUGACAAAUGCUGCCCACUCUGGAUAUAUAACAUCUGUAAGGUCAUUAUUUGAACCAGCAACACCAAAGUAUGCAUGCUGAUGGAGUAAUGGGACUAGGCCCAGAGCCUAAUCGGCCCAAGCCCCGAACUUGGACCCGUGGAUCCAAGUCCACAACCUGGAGCCUGCCUACCAGCCCCGCAGGGAGCCUGCCAGUCCGACCGACCUUCC